GGUACAAAGAAUCAACCGGGAAUUAUCCCUCGUGCAAUUGAAGAAGUAUUUAUGUACAUUAAUGAAGAUUCAAAUGAAAAAGAGUAUCUUAUACGUGUUUCAUAUCUCGAAAUUUAUAAUGAACAGAUAAAAGAUUUAUUAGAUGUCAAUAAUAAGAAUGUCAACAUUGUUAGCGAUAAGAAACGAGGUGCCUAUGUGUGUAAUUUGAAGGAAGUGGCUGUCAAGUCACCUGAGGAUAUCUUUGAGUGUAUUAAACAAGGAGAAGUGAACCGCCAUACGAGUGCAACCGACUACAACGACCUCAGUAGUCGAUCACAUUCGAUGUUUCAGCUUAUUAUUGAAACUCGGUCUAAAGGUGCACCCAUUCAUGCAUCUGAGGGUGUUCGUAUUUCACAGCUGAAUUUAAUUGAUUUAGCUGGUUCUGAAAAGGUGACAACCAACAUAAAUAGAAGAAGGGAAGGUGCAUAUAUCAAUAAAAGCCUUUUAACAUUAGGAAACGUUAUUUCUAAGCUUACGAGUGGCAUAGCCCCUACACAUAUCCCUUUUAGAGACUCCAAAUUGACAAGAAUUCUUCAAUCUUCUUUAUCUGGUAAUGCUCGUAUUGCUGUCAUUUGCACAAUUAAUCCUAAUAUUUCAUCAAGAGAUGAAUCAUUAAAUACUUUAAGGUUUGCCCAAAGAGCAAAACUUAUUAAAACUUCUGCCAAAAUGACAAGAGUUGAAACAGAAACAAAAGAAAGAUUAAAUAGUUUGUUGGAGCUCAUCUUGACAAAUUCUAAACUAUCAAGAGCAACAAACCUUUCUAUUCAAACUACAGCUGACACCGAAGAAACAAUAAAGGACGUUGUGGCUCGAUGUGAAGAAGGAUAUAUGGCUUUGAUAGCCUCGCAUCAAAAACAAGUGACUAAAAUGAUGAUCGACUUUGCAGCUACUAAGGAUACUUUAAGUGUUAUGAAGGCCCUCAGUGCUCAGCAAGAAGAAUCACUUGCUAAACGUGAAGCUCAAAUUAAAAGUUUAAACCAGGAAUUGACUAAUAUGAAAAUAACAGUUUCGAAACCAUCCCCUUCUGCUAAUCCUAAACACAUCUCUAUUCAUGAAGCGAUAUCGUUUCUUUGUGAGAAUAAUAGUCCUAACUCAUGUUGGUGGCGACCGCCUAGUCGUACACAUCUAUUCUUAGCAAAGGAAGAAGAGCUAGUUGAACUUGUAGAUCUCGUUGUUAUUGAAGAUAUAAUAGAUGAAAAAGAAGUUCCUAUUUCUGAAAAAGCAAAUAGAAUAGAAGAUAGUAGUAGUAACUUUACAAAAAAUGAUGAAGAAGAGAGUCCUAAAACAACAAAGGAAGAAGAAAUAAUUAAAAUUGACAAUUAUUAUAAGCCUUACAGUGGUACAAUGAAUCAACCUUCACUUAUCAAAUUCUUUUUAGACAAUUGGAUAUAUGUUCUUUUAUUCCUGUACAGCUAUAUUAAUAUACAAUACUAUUAUCAAUGCUAG